GUCCAAACGCUAAUUCACUCUGUCAAUAUUUGAAUUUGAAGCUGCAGUGACCGCUCAACAGAAAGCUACGGAAAAGCCGGUGGCUGGGAAGGCAAGAUGUCGGCAUAGCUGAUUGACUGUCAUAUACGGCUGUGUCACAUCGAGCCAGCUCAAUCCACCGGCGUUCGACGUGCGAAGAACAUUUUCAGAAGACGGAAGACGGAUGCUCCCGUAGCGGAAUCGAAGAUGCGUUAUCGCGAUCGCUCCCGAAACGUCACCCGGGCGGAGGGUGCUACACUUUGACAGCUGUCAUUUGUUGCACCUAAAGUCGCUAAAGUCGUAAUCUGUUGGUCGGUUUUCUCGAUAUUCGCGGCGUACGGAGCGAAAGUCUUUAUUUUUAUCACACACGACGAUGUUCCCGUAGAGUGCGACCGGCUCUGUGCGUGAAUUGCGAUACGAAACGACGUCAGUAUGGCGAUCGACGAUGUGCUAGGGCCGCGAAAGACUAUGUUCGUUUUAGUGAUUGUUGUGGGCUGCUUCGCCGUGCUGUGGCCCAGGAUCCUGUCCCCGCUGAUCCUGGGCCACUCUUCGGACCACCUAAAGCCGAACAAGCUCGACCGGGACGCAGGUUGCUGCGAGGUGAUAUUCUCCACGGAAGUGGCGGUACUACAGCUCGUGGACGAGGUGUGCGGCGCCACGCAGUCCUCUGCCGACUGCCGCCGCGCAGUCAACGACACCUGCGGCGUGGACAUCGCGGCCUUCCUCAAACGCACGGAGAACGUGGGCAAGACCACCAAGAUGCUAGCAGAAGCCAUGAGGAACACCAACAGCUCCUGCCUGAGGCAGAACUUCGGGGUGCCCGUGUACAGCAUGGGCGCGCACUUUGCUGUGGAUUCCAAUUACCAGCAGGACAUAUUGAAGCAAGAGCGUCCACCAAUCCGCAUCGGCCAGCACCCAGCGUUGCUCGAGCGUGGUCGGGCGAUACCCCCCGGGCCACCCCCCGCGUCCCGGCCCGUGGUCCUGCCACCACAUGUCAGGGUACGAUCCCCACUCUCUGUGUACUACGAACCGGACAUUGAGCCACCACCGAUUCCUGGCAUGCGUCCGCCCUUGGGGUCCCCUGGCGGGCCAGUCCCGGCCCCAAAAUCUUCUAUGGGGUUCGUGAUGCCCAUCUACACCAUAUGCAUCAUCGUGUUCUUCGUGUACACGCUUAGUAAGAUAUUAUUCAAACGCACGGGGUCCCCGUACGAGCCGGUGGCUCCCGACCCGCAGUUCCGCAGGCGGGUGUUCAGGGAUGACUCCAGGUCUUCGCCAGACAAACUGGGACACAAAGAAACCGAUACAAGGGACGCGGAGCUUGCGGCGCUGCGAGCCAGGCUCGCGGAGACGGAGCGAGCGAUGCAAAGGAUCGUGGGGCAGCUCGCGCAGCGCGAUGCGGAAGUGCUGGAUAAUGCCCGCCCAUACACCAAUGGUACAAUAAUACACAGCGGCCCUGUCCAAAUAGUCGCUAGCGAAUACAAAGAAAAGACUCCCGGUCCCCAAAUACAAAGAGAAUCCACGCCAGUAAUUAAAGAAGUUGUAGAGCCCAAAGAAGAUGCACCAGACGCUGAGAAAGUCAUAAAAGAUCUAAACCUAGAACUAAUAGAAAAAGAAGCAUCCCAAAUACUAAAGGAAUCCACUCCGGAAUUAGAGAUACUUGCUGAAGAUACAAAAAAAGCUACUGGAGUGAUUGAAGAAUCUUAUGAAAAUGUAGAACAAAUGACAAAUGACUUAAUAGACACGGGAACAAAGGCGAAUUUAGAAGAUAAGGUAGAAACUGUAGUUGAGGAGUUAAAGAAAGAAGCAGAAGAUAAAGAUGCAGAACUUUAUCCAUCAAUUCCAGCAGACGAAGAAUUAGCAAAUAAUAAAGAAGAUAAUUUAGAUUUAAUUAAACUUUCCGAAGGAAUUGAUUUCGGUAAAGAUGAUGUAACAAAGUCAGCUGAAUUUCUGGAUGAGGAAAGGAAAGAUGGUGAACAGGAGAAGGUAUCGACUGAAGAUUUGUUAGAGGAAGCUAUUAAGGAUUUGUCUGAAGAAGUAUUGGAUGAUAAGGAGAAUCAGAGUGUGAAGGUGGUGGGCAUGGAAUUGACGGCUCACGCGGCCGAUGGAGGUUCAUAUAAACCGGAGCCCCCUAAAGCCCCCGUCACACCACUACCAAAAACGCACGAGGCUGCGGAAGUGCAGUCCAUAUUCCUGCAGACGGAAAUUCCGCAGCAGUCGCGCGUGUUGGUCGCGGACUUCGCGGAGGAUCGUCCGCAGCAGGAGACGCGCACACACUCACCGCUGGUGGUAAGCGGCAAGAUAACUCUUUCGCUGAUACAGGACCAGCCCCGGGACACGCCCGACAGAGAUCUAGAAUCCACGGUGGAUGAGUUUACAACGGCCAGUGCCUUCACUCAACCAGCAGCUGAGAAAGAAGACGGUCUGGAAGAAUCCGACGAGGAGAUUGAAAUUGAAGAAGAAAUAGAGAUAGAAGAGAUCGAGGAAGAAGAAGAAGAAGAAGCCGAAUUAGGUGGAGAAGUUAAGAAAGACGCGAAAAAGAAGUGAACUGAUAGAGUUAGAAAUUAACAAUCAUAUAUAGAAGCUAGUGAUACGAUUGAUUACGUAGCUUCGUUAUUGAGAUUGUCGCAAUCAUUGCAAUUGGUUUACAAAGAAAAACUUAAGGAAAACAAUAGUUGUAUUUUAAACGGUAAAGACAAAUUCGUAUGAUUCUGUGUGUGACAUAAACUUAUGGGUACUAUAAGGGUUCCUUUUUCCUUUUGAUUUACGGAGCCCUUAAAAUAAACCAUCUCUAUAUUAUUGUGUAUCUUUAAUUCUUUAUCAAUUAUAACUGCAUUUAAAUACUUAUAUACCUCGUAAAACAGACAACACAGUUUAAUCUGUUGCUAAUGAAAAAACAAUAAACAAAAAAUUCAUGAAACACAUUUUCAUUUCAUCCUAUUACUCAUAGAUGCACAAAAGUACGAUAAUGACAUUCUAACACAAUCAUAGAUCAACUAAUGAAAAUGAUGCGGUGAUCGCAAUGAUUAUAACAGUAUGUGUGUUGUGUGAGUUACGUAAUCGAUCCCUAUGUUAGAUUCGGGAUAAUAUUUUGUACUUUAGAAUAUUUGAAUAGAUUUUUAAAUGUGUAGAACUGUUUUCAAUCAAAUGUAUCAAAUAAUUUCCCAUUUCUUAUUAUAGGAAUAUUUAAAUUUUAAAAUGUCAAUGUGGAAAAUUAUAUAGGUACAGGUUAAAAAUGCAUUAAAGUCACUGGCUUCUAUUGUUUUUAGUUUUUUUUUAAAUUAGCAAUUUUCUUUGACAGGUGUUAAAAUGAUACCACAUGUUGGAAAAUGUAGAUUUAUUUUUGUAAGUAAUUGCUUUAAAUUGAAAAAUCUUUUAUUUUUAUUUUUUACACAUUGUUUUAAUUUUUAAUUUUAUCAUGCACAGAUAACAUAACAGUUAAGUAUACAUUUUUUUUUGUUAAUUUCAUAGAGUGAUAGGACAUGAGUAUACCUUAUCUACCAGUAAAAUAUGAAGUUUCACUUAUUGUUAAACUUAGUACUAAAUCAAAAUAUAUAUAAGUAGGUAAUUAGUUUUUAUAUUGAAUAACUUAUUUACUUAGUUUUAAGUAAAAUUCUACAUACAUUGCGCACAGAUACAAUAUAUAUUUUGUUUUCGAGUUUUCAUCCAUAGAUUAUCACAUUUUUAUUUUAAAUUAUAUUAAUUUAUGCAAGGUGUUAGAUAUCUGUAACACACCGGCAAGCUGAGGUACGGACCAAUGUGUAGUUGUACCAAGAAAUAAAAUUAAUGAGCCUUGUAGUGAUACCUAUGGGAGAUAUGAGGACUUGAAAAUAUCCUUAAAACUGCAAUGUGACAACCCUGCAAACAGCUGCUCGCGGAAACUGGUAUCGUAAAAAAAUUCUGUGAACUCAAAGGACUGUUUGAAUGUUUGUCAAGUAGCAGACAACGAAAGAAUCUAUGGCACUCUAACUACAUAUUUGUUACUACAUAGGUACCUCAUUUGUCAGGUGAUUCACUAAACGUUCAGGUGAUUCGUUGUAUAAUUUUUAAUAAAGAAAAACGUUAAACAUAUGAAAAAUAAGAUUAAUUUUAUGAAAAUCAUCUAAUCUUAUUUUUCUUUAAGCAUUCAAAAAUUACGAAUUUAAAUUAAACUUGGUGUUCAUAACGUAUUACAUAUUUGACGUAUGUGCCAAAUUUACUUCCAGUUUUUGGAUUAUUUAUGUUACUAAAUUAUAUCUAUUUUUAUUGUUCCUAGUACAAGGACCCCUUAAAGUUUCGUUGUCUUUUAUCUUUAGUCUUAGUCUUUCCAAAAUAUAUUGUUACUUAGUAUCUUUACUAUUCAAAUCUUGCCAAAUUAGCUUUCAUUAUUUAUUUAUUGUUACAAUAGUAUACAUAAUAUUAUGUUGUAUAUUUAUAUCAAAUAUUGCUUCGAGUUGGUGUGUUAAAGUUCUGCAUUUAAAUUCUCGAUUCUUUCUGCCUUUUGCUUUUGAUCACAGUUGAUUGUAUUAAAGUAUAAGUUAAAAUAAUUAUUUAUUACCUUAUGUUUAAGUACCUACUUAAUGUGAAACACAAUUUAAUUUUAACGAAAUAUCGUUACAUUUUAUUUUUGCCUAGAACCUAUGCCUGGUUACUAUUUUGAAAUUUCUAAAACUACCCACAAUUCGUUAAAAAUAACGGCUUAACAUUCCUUUUGUGAAGAAAUAACAAAAAAAGAAUUUAUUUUUUAGAUUUUUUGUAUUCUUAUCUUGGUAAAGAAAAAUUUAUGUAAGUAGAUGGAUGUCAACAUUUAUUUUAUAGCAUUUUGUUGGAGUUGCUUAUUAUGAUGAUUUUGUAAUUUAUUGUUUGAUUAGUGUUUAGUAAGAAAUAAAUAUAUUUAACACUGAAA